ACAAAGGAAGUCUGAGAGAUCUAGAAGAUUCUUGAAGAGGGUUAAAGUGAUUUUGGGUCCUGGUUUAAUUAAGAAGAAUGGGGUUUUAUCAAUUCUAUUUUGCAUGUACAAACCGGGUCAUGAUACUGGUGGUUUUGAUCCUAUGCUAAUGAAUCUUUGUUGCUUCUGGUUAUGUUGAUGGCGAUUCUGAAGCAAGCUCGGUACACUAGUUGCACACUAGGUAAUUGAGGCAUUGAAGGAGAAGAACAAAGAAUGUCUUGCGAGUACUAGUGGAAGUGCCAUAUACAACACAAGGUCAAAAUUAAAACUGAAAGAGGUGGCGAGGAAGUCAGUGGCGCAGGAGGAUGGAUCAGUUAAUCAUCCACAUAAAGAUAGCAAUGUGAUGGAGGAAAACACUCCAGCCUAAAAUGAAAGGAUCAAUGUGGCACGGUGCUUUCAGACUGAUGCAGGACCAGUUAGUCAUCUACAGAAAGAAAGCAUUUUGAUGGAGGAAGACACUCUGAUCUCGAAGGUAGGGAUCGAUGUGACCCAAUGUUUCCAGACCUAUUAGCAUUUGAACUUUUUCAAGAGGUUUCUAAAAAAGAAUAACACAAGACUUGUGAGUCAAAGAUGUAACCAGCAGGAAAGGAAGUCUUUCUUUUGAUUGCUUGUGACAGUAAUGAUAUUUACAAGUCUCUAGCAAACUAUGGUGUACACGGUGGACCAUUAUUAUUAUUGUGUUUUGAGUGUGGAAAGUAAAGGAAUGUGCUGAAGAAUACUUGGCUUCUUUAGCUAGUUCCUCUGGAAUAUAUUGGGCAUGUAUUUUGCGGUGAAGGACCAGUUAAGGAUCCACUAAAUGGUAGCAAUAUGAUGGAGGAAGACGUUCCGACCUCGAAGGAAGGGAUGGAGGUAACCCAGUUUUAUCAGACCGACCAGGAGUACUACCAAUUUUAAUCAAGGGAUAAUGGCACCAGGUGGAGUUAGACCCCCUCGCACAUCACACGCAGCCUCUCAGUUGUCACGCACUGAUCUGCCAAAGAUUAACAAAGCAGGAAGAGGGGAUGCUCUUAAUGCAAAGCUUAAUGAUCACAUAAGGAAAAAGAAAGAAAAGCCUACAAUAACGAUCAAACUAGGUAAUAAGAUUCCAACUGGGGAUUGGGCCACUGAAUUCCAAACUGAAAUAGGAAUCAUCGUCAAAAAGUUUGCACCGUGGUCGACUCGCCCCAAAUGGAAGUCAAUUGGAAAAUCAGAUCUGAAGAAAUUUUAUGAUCUCAUAUUGGAAAAAUUCACUAUUGAUCUACAUGUAGUACGCAUUCAGAAGGCGGUCAACACAAUGCUAGCAAAUGAGUACAGAUAGUUCAGAUGCACACUUCACAAACACUACCUGCAGUACAAACAAGAUGGAACAGAACGGGAAAACCCGCAUCAUCAGGUUAAGCAGGAGGAUUGGGAGAAACUUUGCACUUGGUUUGAGUCUGAUGAGUUUCAGACAAGUAGCACUCAAGGUAAAAAAAGUCAGACAAGCGAAUACAACCAUUCAUUGUACGGGGUCAAAACCUUUUUCCCGCUAUAGAGAGGAAAUGUGUGAUCCAGAAACAGGUGAAGUUGUUGAACAAAUUGAAUUCUACAAGUUAACCCACUGCAAAAAUGAUGUUUGGACGUGUCAUACGGCGGAGGAAAACUAUGGUAAAAUGCUUGAACUCCGAGCUGCGCCUACACCUGAAGGUUCAACACCCUUGACCUAUGCUCAAAUAUGUGAGGAAGUGCUAGGUGUAAGAUCCGGUUAUGUCAAGGGUCUUGGUCAUGGGUAUGAAAAACCUAGCUCGUCUGGCAUUGAAUAUAAUGCGGAGUUAUGCGAAGUGCUUAGGAGGGCAGAUGACGCAGAGAAGAGAAAUAAGGAACUUGAAGAAAGAGUUGAUGAUCAAAAUCGCACAAUACAGGGGCUGGUAACCGACACAAUGGAUAUAAGAAGAAUGUUGCUUGAAAUGCAGGGAAACCGUCAAAGCACUCCUGAGAACAGUCAAAGUACUCCUGAGAACCGUCAAACCACCUCUUGAGAUGAUUGUUGAGGGACCAACAGUUGAGAUCCGCAUCUCUGUUUCUUUUUUAGCUUUAUGUUUCAACAAGUGGUAUCGUUUUUUUCUUCACUUUAAAAUUAGCUUUAUGUUUCACUUUUGAAAUUUGUAGUGGUAUCGUUUCUUUUCUUCAGUUUAGAAUGUUAAGUUUCUUAAUUAGUGGUGUCAUUUAAUGAACAAUGUAGAUCUUUUCUAUUAAUGAAUGAUUUGCUUCUUUU